AUGAUGAUAGUAGCUGUCUACUGCCCGGUGAUAGCAGCUCUCUUUAUCGUUUUGAAGAUGGUGAAUUACCGUUUGCACAGGGCACUGGAUGAGGGAGAAAUUGUGGAGAGGAAUGCUAGUGAGCAUCUGGACAGAGGUGCAAAACCAGAACAAAGCAGUGUUUCAGCCAAGAGGAAAGACAGCAAUGGGCCCAGUGACCCUGGUGGAGGGAUUGAGAUGUCAGAGUUCAUACGAGAAGCAACUCCCCCUGUUGGCUGUAGUUCACGCAAUUCUUAUGCUGGGGUAGAUCCAAACAACCAGGUUGGAUCUGGGUUAUCUCGUUUGGGAACAGCAGCAACAAUCAAAGGAGAUACUGACACUGCCAAGACCUCUGAUGAUAUCAGUUUGAGUCUUGGCCAGAGUUCUAGCCUAUGUAAAGAAGGGAGUGAAGAACAAGAUUUGGCAACUGAUCGGAAGCUUUUUCGUCUGGUGUCGAAUGACUCGUUUGUCUCCAUCCAACCUUCAUUAUCCUCUGGACAGGAUUUGCCAAGAGACAACAGUGAUAAAGUGUGCCUCUCGAACAACCAGCUCAUGGACCAGUCUAAAGCCAGUGCAUGUGACACGGAAGUAGCUUCGCUUAUAACUCUGCAUUCUCACUCCUAUAGGAAGGAUCAUAGACCACGAGGUGUACCAAGGACUUCUAGCUCUGCUGUUGCUUUUCCAGAUGCUUCACUAAAUGACUUCCCUCUCUAUCAGCAAAAACGAGGACUAGAUCCUGUCAGUGAGUUAGAAGCUUCCAAGCCUCCUUCUGGAUCCAGAGAGUCCUUGGCUGAGAACUCUUGCAUUUCAGGAGUUUUUCAGUUAGAUGACAUUCUGAAAAGUAGCAGCCCUCAACCAUUGGCUAAGAGCGGGAAAAGCAAAUCCUUGAAAGCAGACAAAAGUGUGGACAGUCUGCGAAGCCUGAGUACUAGAAGCAGUGGUUCCACAGAAAGCUACUGCAGUGGGACUGAUCGUGACACUAACAGUACCAUCAGUAGCUAUAAAAGUGAACAUACUAGCUCGACGCAUAUAGAAAGUGUGUUGUCGGAGCACGAGGAGGAAUCUCCUAGAGAAGAGAAAAAGGAGGGUAGGAGAAAGGACUGUGGCAUUGACUCGGAGGAUGACAGUAGUUCUACUACUGACAAAAGGACUAGUAGCGAAAGGACUGCUGUGGAAGUGAGCACUGCCGGUGGUGUUCAAGAGGUAAAGCGUCCUAACGCAUCUGACGAGAUGCUCGGUCAGAAAGGUCUCGGUGCCUCUGCUUCAGAAGAGGCCAAUAAGAACCCGCAUGCCAAUGAACUGACUACGCAAGCAGACAGGCCGCCUGGAAAGGCUGCCGAACAAAGAGAUGAGCAGAGUGAGAAGCUAGUGUUAGUAGACUCAAGAGCCUCUAAAGAAACGAGUGGAAAACAAAAAGAAGGAGAUGUUCGACCAAAAUCGUCUAGUUUGAUACAUCGAACAGCCUCUACCCACAAGUCCAGCCGGAGAAGGACAGGAAAAAAGCGGGCUAGUAGUUUUGAUUCGAGUCGGCACAGGGAAUACGUUUCCUUCCGAGGUGUAUCUGGUACUAAACCUCACAGUGCUGUGUUUUGUCACGAUGAGGACUCUAGUGAUCAAAGUGACUUGAGCAGGACAUCAAGUAUGCAGUCAGCUCACCAGUUCAGCAGUGAUAGCUCUUCCAGCACCACCUCCCAUUCAUGCCAGUCUCCUGAGGGAAAGUACAGUGCUCUAAAGACCAAAUAUGUUUCUAGAGAACGUGGGGGCACAGACCCUGAAACUGCUCACAAAACCCACGUAAGCUCGGAAGGAAUUAGCAAAAAGCGAUCUACACGCCGGACUUCUAGCACAAACAGUGCCAAGAAUCGUGCCAGAGUUUUAAGCCUGGACAGUGGUACUGUAGCUUGUUUAAAUGACCCAAAUAGUUUAAUGGCACCAGGUAACAUAAAACAGUUAACCACUUCAAAAUCUGAUUUGGAAGCCAAAGAAGGAGAGGUGCUAGAUGAGCUAUCUCUGUUGGGAAGGGCUUCACACUUAGAGUCAGUCACUCGUUCUAGGAAUAGCUUACCAAGCCAGGCUACGUUUCCUGAAGGGGAAGAGCAAGAAUCAGCAAGUGGAGCAGCACAAGCCAGCGAGGAGACUGUCACGUUUCGCCGUGAACGCAGCACAUUUAGGCGUCAGGCAGUACGACGCCGGCACAAUGCAGGGAGUAACCCUACCCCUCCUACAUUGCUCAUCGGAUCACCCCUCAGCCUUCAAGACGUUCAGCCAGGCCAGCAGCCCUCCUCCCAGGUCAGAGCGCAGGCCCGUCCCCCCUCCCAGGCCGCUGUGCUGGGCGCCAGCACCUCCUUGCUGGUGAGAAAUGGGAGUGUCCACUUAGAAGCAUCCCAUGGCACUGCAUCUGCUGUAGGCGGUAGCAGUUUGCACGAUGAACUGGGUAAGUUCAGUUCUACGCUCUACGAGACAGGGGGCUGCGACAUGUCACUUGUGAACUUUGAGCCAGCUGCAAGAAGAGCAUCCAACAUCUGUGACACGGACUCUCACGUAUCGAGUUCUACCUCAGUUCGCUUUUAUCCACAUGAUCUAAUCAGGUUGAACAGGCUGCUAACCAUGGACACGGAUCUGCUGGAGCAGCAAGAUAUUGACCUGAGCCCCGACCUUCAGGACCACAUGCAACCUCAAGAGGAAGCAGCUCAAAAAGUCAAGCAGUACUAUCGCUUUUGGAUCCUGCCUAAGCUUUGGAUUAGCAUAAAUUUUGAUAGAUUAACUCUUCUGGCUUUAUUUGAUAGGAAUCGUGAGAUCCUUGAAAACGUGUUAGCUGUCAUCCUAGCUAUUCUAGUUGCAUUUCUGGGCUCUGUACUUCUCAUAGAGGGCUUUUUCAAGGAUAUUUGGGUCUUCCAGUUCUGCCUGGUAAUAGCCAGUUGUCAGUACUCGCUGUUGAAGAGCGUUCAGCCCGAUUCUUCUUCCCCUCGACACGGUCAUAAUCGUAUCAUAGCCUAUAGUAGGCCUGUAUAUUUCUGUUUAUGUUGUGGUCUUAUUUGGCUGUUGGAUUAUGGCAGCAGACACAUAUCUACAACAAGGUUCAGGUUGUAUGGAAUGGCUUUCACCAACCCGUUGCUGCUGCUGUCAGCCAGGGACUUAGUUAUAGUGUUUACACUAUGUUUCCCUAUAGUAUUCUUCAUUGGUCUCCUGCCUCAGGUGAAUACAUUUGUGAUGUAUCUCUGUGAACAGCUGGAUAUUCAUGUCUUCGGUGGCAAUGCUACCACAAGCCUGCUUGCAGCACUUUACAGUUUUAUCUGUAGUAUUGUGGCAGUAGCAUUGUUGUAUGGACUGUGCUAUGGUGCCCUGAAGGAUUCUUGGGAUGGGCAGCAUAUUCCAGUUCUCUUCUCCAUAUUUUGUGGUCUGUUAGUGGCAAUAUCGUAUCAUCUCAGCAGACAAAGUAGUGACCCUUCCGUGCUUUUCUCUUUAGUGCAAUCAAAAUUUUUUCCUAAUUCUGAAGACAAAAACCCUGAGGAUCCUCUGUCUGAAGUAAAAGAUCCUUUACCUGAAAAGCUUAGAAAUUCUGUGAGUGAACGACUGCAGUCUGAUCUGAUUGUGUGUAUAGUCAUUGGUGUGCUCUAUUUUGCAAUUCACGUCAGUACAGUUUUUACAGUUCUACAG